AGCUUAUACCAUUUCUAAAUACGGGAUGUCCAUGUGCGUCUUGGGAAUGGCAGAAGAAUUUAGAGGAGAAGUUGCUGUCAAUGCUUUAUGGCCUAAAACAGCCAUACAUACAGCUGCUAUGGAUAUGCUGGGAGGAGCUGGAAUAGAAAAACAGUGCAGGAAAACAGAUAUCCUGGCAGAUGCUGCAUACUGCAUUUUAACAAAACCAAAAAGUUUCACUGGAAAUUUCAUUAUUGAUGAAGUUCUGCUGCGAGAAGAGGGAGUUAAGGAUUUUGAUGUCUAUGCAAUUGCACCAGGUCACCCUCUGAUACCUGACUUCUUCUUGGAUGUUGAGAUUGACACUACAGCUGUGAAACAAAAAGGAUAUGGUGCUGCCCAAGCAUUGAAAGAGGAGAAGACAGAAUCUGCUCCAGCCAAGCCAUCCGGGCCUGUUGCAGAAACAUUCAGAGUUAUUCAGGGGGCCAUGACGGAAGAGAACGUGAGAAGUACUCAGGGCGUCUUUCAGUUUGAAUUAUCUGGUGACGGUGGAGGCACGUGGUAUAUCGACCUGAAGAACAAGGGUGGGAGCACUGGCUUUGGAAAGCCUCCUGGGACAGCUGAUGUGGUUAUGAGCAUGUCGAGUGCUGACUUUGUGAAAAUGUUCACAGGUGAGGGACAAAGGCCUCUGUCAGACCGGUGCCCAGAAAACCUUCUGCUGAUGGGGGAGGAGACUGGCAUCUCGCUUUCUGCUCUGGGAUGGAGGAGCUUUCAGCUUUUUGUGGCUCAGGAGAAAGUACAGGCCAGAAGUGCUUGCAUUUUUCUGGACUCCUGUGUUUUGUGAACAGGAAGAGAACAAAAGGUUACUCUUCUUUUAUUAACCAGGUAUUGACAUUUUAGCAGCCAGCGUAGCUUCAGAAAGAAUCCAGUCAAUGUGUUGUAUUUGUGUUCUGCACAGCUCUACGCAGUGUUUCCUAACUGUGCACUGCUUUUACAGGAGAACUUGGUAGGAAAAUAACCUGAUUUCUUUCAUCUCCCCUGAGACAUCUGAGUUAUAGGGUCUUUUCUCCAUUAAAAUCAGUCAUAAUCUAAUAAUUUCCCUAAGUAAUAGGAUACAACUGGCCCUCUUACAGAGUGUUUUCUGGCUCCAGAAAAGGUAGGUAUUGGUGAAGUUCUGUUGGACAAGAGGCAGUAUCAGAACUUUCACAAUGUUAAAUUGCUACACUUCUUUGUAAGUGCGAUUUUCGCAUUUAUCACUAUUCGAAACAGUUCUGAACCUUCUUUAGCAAGCUUCAAAAUGAAGUCAGAAGAGAACAGAUUAUUCAUGAGAAAAGAAGUUAUCCAUUAAGUUAAUCAUUAUAAUCAAGACCUCAAAAUACUUCUACAAAUGAACUGGAAAAGUAAAUUCUAUUUUAUUUAAUCAGCCUCAUCAUUUUCAGCAAAGGGCUUUAAUAUUGUGAAAUAUAGAUAGAUAGAUAAAUACAUUGUUAGACUGAGAGAUUUUAAUUGUAUGUGAUUUAAUUGCAGUGUCUGAUUUUUACCACAUGGAUAAAACUAUGAAGUAUAUUCCAAAGCAGAAUUUCUAAAGAACUUGAAGAUCUUACUCUAAAGAUAUUACUGUUUCCUCUGCACAGCCUGUAUCCAGGUCCUUUCCAUUUUCUAAUGAAUUUUCUAAUGAUUCCUUUUCUCUUUUUAGAUAAGCUAAAGCCAUUCAUGGCUUUCAUGUCAUGAAAUUCUAGUGUUAAUGGUGACACAGUUCUACCGUCAAGUCUGCCACAGAUAAAUUUUGAACACUAGCAGAAAUACUGGCCUUUCAUAUAUGACUACAAUGCUUUUUUAAAGUGCCAGUUGUCAUUUCUUUUUGAUGGAGUAUAAGUAUUCAAUAGAUUUUAUAAUUUUUAGAGAAGUUACAACUCAGUCUGAAUAUAAUAUCCAACAGCGAACAUUUUUAAUAACUUGCUGUAAUGAUUAAAAUAAAAACUAUGUCCCAAAAUCCUGAUGUUUCAAGCUUAUAGGAACUGACCACUCCUAUCAGAUGUUAUUAAAAAAGGCGGAUGAUUUCAAGCUAUUGGAAAACACAGUGUAUGUGCUUGCAUGAAAAAUAUGGCUACACAUAUUUUAUUUCUUUAGGGAGCCACCUUGAAAUGCUUGAAAUACAUCUUUUGAAAUCUACUGAGUCUAGAAAACAUUUUUCAAGUGAACAUAUAUAUUCAAAGUACAUUUUCAAAUGCCACCCUGUGACACUUAAAAAACUGAGGCAGAUGAAAGAACUUGGGUAUCGGGAGCAACCUUGUUUAGUUUCAUACCUAUUUCAUAAGCAAUCCCAUGUCUUUGCAAUUUUCCUUUCUGUGCAACUUUUCUGCCAAUGAAUUUUUGUUUUUCAGGGUUACUGGGGUGGAGGGGAAAGGUGUGCAGCAUCCAGUACAGCAUUAACUGUGUCCUGGCACCUGAAGACAGAAUGUGUUUAUUUGCUUCCCUGCCUAUGUGGGUAGUUAAUGGUGCGUGUGCUUCUUGUGUAGUAAGUAAUACUGCUCUUGCAUAACAUGUUUGAUAACUGUAGUGUCAUUUGGCGAGGUACUGUGAUGCCUGUGACACCUAGAGAAAAGCGUCAUCUUCAGAAGAAAAGUGCUUUUGUUUCAGAUGGAUCCAGAGCAGCACAACCUGCCUCCAACUGGCCACUGUGUUUCUUCUCUCUCUAACAUAUCAGUAGUGGUGCUUGCAUGGUGUAGGAGUGGGAGCUCUCCAGGCUCAGAAUCUUUAGAAUAAGUGGUGUGCCUUGCCAUGGGUACUGUGGGACCCAGUGAUCCAGAGUGUUAGGGAUAUUUGAUCCUUGCAUUACAAAUUUUCAUAUUAUGCCAUUUCUGGAGUUUUCACUGUAAAAAAAAAGACAUGACUGAAAAACAAGCCAGUCCACUGUGCACUGUGAGGACAAGACCUAGAAUGGGUGCUACAGUAGAGGAAUUACUGAAGGUAUUCACAUUCUGCAGAGGAUUUUUACAUGAGGUCAAAACUGUGUUGCUUUUUAAUCCAUUGCUCACUUCACUGCUUUUGAAGCCCAUAAAAAUGAAAUGGCUAAACAAACUGUGAUUGUUUUGCUACUGUGGGUAACUGUUUUUCUGGAUGAUGGUAAAGCUACAGGUUUUCUGGGUGAUGAUAAAGGAACAGAACAGCUCCAGGACCUAUGUAAGGCACAGACACGAUCUGUUUGCUGCUGACGGUAGUGAGCAGGACUGAUGGCUCAUCCAUCACACUGGAAGGAGAUGUAAACUCAUGCCUCGUGUUCUCAAGGGCUUUGUUUCGAUGUCAUUUCUCCCACGUCUUCAGCACAGUUCCAGCUCCUCCGGCGGAGUUUAGAGAGGCGCCGGGACCGACGGAGCGGCCGCUGCCAGCAGAGGGAGCAGGCAGCCCACUGCAGAGCGUUGCCUUUGGACACCCAGCGCUUCCGAGUGCUGCCAGCGUUGCGCAGGCAUCCUAAAGGACCAAACUCGCCAAAGUGCAGCAAUAUCUUUUCUGCCCAAAGCAGGGGUCAAGUGUGGGAUAGGGUAGGAUGCGCAGAUUUGCGGCAGCAUCAAAAUCUGCGUCUGUGCCUUGCAGCCUCUCAUCUCCCUACCCCUGCUUUUGGUACAGUCCCCGCUCCAGAAGGGAGAGGGUGUACUUCUAGGUGACAGAGCACUAGGACUUGUCAUUCUUAUCUCUCCCACUAAAAUAAUCAGCGAGGGUGUAAUGCUUUGUUGUCAGGGACAGCCUUGGUUUGCAAGAAUAUUGGCCUGGAUGCUUAAAACUUUGACAAAAAUUAAACCCACUGAAUCUCAGUCCAUAUAAUGGAGUGUUGCUUAAUCUUAGUUCUGUGCAGCAUUCUAUCCUGGAACAAGAUGUUGCUUUAUAUAACAAAGCUAAGCUUUAACUAACUAAAUAUAAUUAGCUCAAGCAAUAAUACAUAGAGUCAGUAUUUUUUACUGUGGGGGACUAUAGCUCUGCUUCCCUCUGUUUCCAUAAGGGGCUAAGACCUUGCCAACUGUAUAAUAACUGUAUCAUCACACCUCUUGAGGCAGGUUUACCUGCACAGAGUUUUAUCAGUGAGGUCCACACAUCAAGUUGGAGUUACCAUAAGGAAAAUAAAUGGAAAGAGAAGGAGGUGCCUGACCAGUAGCCAGCCAAGAAGUGAAGCAAUGUGGCCCCAAGAAGAGUGUCCUUUCCAGAGCCUGCUAGCAGUAAGGAUGAGGAAGAUGUCUAUAGUUAUUCUUUUCAGGCUUUUUCCUCUUUUAACUCUGUGCUUGGUAUUAGGACCUAGCCAAGCUACCUCUGGGUUGUUCCUGUAUGUGAUGCUGUCAGUGCUGACGAGAUCACAUUUAAUCAGUCACAGGUGGUGCAUGUCAGUCACUCCACUUUGAGCAUAUUUAUGGCUGGUAAUACUUAUUGAAUAUUUACCUGAUUAUUAUAUACUUUUCUAUUUGCUAACUCUUAUUUUUCCCCUAACGUAACCUAAAGUUACAAACCAGAUAUGAAACACAGGGGAAAGAAAUGGUGGAUUCUCAGAUUAUCAGCAGUUGCUUUCUAUGAGAACCUAUUAGAAUACUGAGGUUUGCAAGUGGAAGGCCAUGAGGAUAAUAUCACAAAAGCAAUAGCACAGGAAGGAGAAGGGAAAAAGAUUGACACAGCAAUUCAGGUGGAAGGCUGCAGGGCUGGAAGUGAAAGGCAAACUAUGAAGGGUGCAUGGGAGACCCUUGGUGCAAAGGUGAAGGCACUUAUAUUUGUCUUUAUGCAGCAAUUGAUGUGUCUGGUGUUUGCUGCUCAGUGCUAAAGGAGUGUUUAUGCAAUGAAAUUGUGAUCACAAGGUUGGUCUCAGAGGCCACAUUAGAACUUCAUAACCAAGGCAGCAGGAAAGUGCACACAGUGUUUCUGCAUGGCUCAAGCUCUAUGGUUAAGCUCAAGUUCUAUGAUUAAGCUCACCAGAAAGUGAAGCAAGAAAGAAAAAGUAUGUUCUGUUAAAUUUCUUGAAUGGUGUGAAUAGUGAUUUUAGGCUUAUUUCCCUGUUCUCACUCUCUCCCACUGAUAGGAAUCACACGGCAUGAGCAACAACUCUGAAAACAUACCUUUCAAUCCAUGGUUAAAGCUUUAGCAGGGUGAGGGAUAAAUAUUAUAUCAUCAUUAUCUUCAGUCGUUAUCUUUGUCCUAAUGGACUGUGAGUAUGUGUGAGAUGUGGUAUUGGGUGAAUAAACAACACAAAAUCAG